AUUGGCCGGCCGCGGGCACUCAAAAGCCUGGAGCAGGCCAGCACGGGCAGUAAAGUGGCAAACGGACAGAGGAAACGCAAGAAGGAGGAGGAGGAGAAAAACAAGAAGAAGAAAAUAACAGGAGUGACUGGAUUUAAAGCUUUUAAAAGAGAGUGAAGAAAGGGAACUGGAAGUAACUGGGAAGGAGGAAGAGGAGGAACGAGGGAUGUUCUAACCAAAGAAAUGAAGAGCUGGAUGCUGGAUGAGUGUCAAAAUUUGAGAAUUUGAGCUUUACUGUCCAAAGCUAAGAGGCGGAUUCCUUUACCCAAGAACCAAAGCAACUCAAAACCAAAGCAGAGCAAAGUAGACCAACCCAGCGACCAUCUAAAAAAGUCAGGAUGAAGCUGGAGGCUUCUCAUGGAGAGAUGAUCGGGUGGAGGGAGAUGGACUUCGCUCUGAACUGCACCUACAUCGUCCACGACCAGGCAUCUGAGCCCAGCUUCAGCCUGCCCAGAGCCAUGACCUCCAUCCCCCGCAACCUCACCUUCAAAUACGGCCCCGACAACGAGGUGAUUGGCGUGUUCAGUAAGGAAUACAUCCCCCCGGGGACGCGCUUCGGACCCCUGCAGGGUGACGUCUACACCAAAGACAGCGUUCCCCCACAGGCCAACAGGAAAUACUUCUGGAGAAUUUAUUCCGGUGGUCAGCUUCACCGCUUCAUAGACGGCUAUGAUGUGCAGCGCAGCAACUGGAUGCGCUACGUUAACCCGGCCCACUCCAUGGCCGAGCAGAACCUGGUGGCCUGCCAGAACGGCUGCGACAUCUUCUUCUACACCUUCCGGCCCGUGGAGCGGGACCAGGAGCUGCUGGUGUGGUACAGCUCUGAGUUCUCCGAGAGGCUGUGUGGAAACACACACCCGCAGCUGGACAGCCUGAAGACAAAACGUCUGGGCGGCAACGUGAUGGAAGCUGACCUCCAGAAGCACUACCUACCUCAGUGGACCUGCUGCCCAAAACGAGGACCAAGCCCUCACUUGCCCAAGAGCCAGGACGAGGCCAAGAAGGAAGAAAAAGUUGCGGAAGAGGCGGAAGAGAAGGUUGACGUUGAGGCAAUUGAGAGGGAUACUCCUCCAGACACACCUGACCAGCACAUCAUGGACUUUAGUAAGAAAGUCCAGUCGGAGAUCACCCGGGAGAACAUUUCCCGUGCUGAACUGAGCCCUCAGAACUUCCCAGGACUGCACCAAGAUCUUCCACUGCAUCUUCACGGCCUCUACGGCUACAAAGACAACCCCACAUCCUACCCUCCUCCUCUGCCCUUUCCCAGACCUCUGCAGCCCCCCUAUCAGCUUUUACCUCCCUACAACCCCCAUUACUCUCGCAUGCUCUUGCCUCCAUACACUCCUCCAUUCCCUCCAAUGCUGCCCCCCAGAGGACCAGUCAGAUACAAUGGUUUUAUGGGCAACGACAACUUGUCCUUUCUACCAAUGACCCAGCCAGAUCUUCUGCCUGUUUCCCUUCCCUACCCUACAUCUCACGGUGGCUUAAAGGAGAGACUUCCAAACACCUCCCCUCCCCAAGGAGCCCCAGCCACUCCUGAACUUUCUCCCCUGUCCAAGCACUCCUCUUCUUCCUCUCCAGAGCCACUGCAUCUUCUUCAGCCGCCCCAAUCGAUGUGCGAAGAGGCCAUCAACCUCAGCCUGGCCUCCACACCCAAGUCAUCUUCCUCGCCAUUGUCAUCAUCGUCAUUGUCAUCAUCGUCAUUGUCAUCAUCAUCUUCCUCACGGCAUGGACCUGGGUACAAGUCUCUCCCAUACCCGUUGAAGAAACAGAACGGGAAGAUCAAGUACGAGUGCAACGUCUGCUUCAAAACCUUCGGCCAGCUUUCCAACCUGAAGGUGCACCUGAGGGUACACAAUGGAGAGAGGCCUUUCCAGUGCCAGCUGUGCAAAAAGAGCUUCACUCAGCUUGCUCACCUGCAGAAGCAUCAUCUUGUCCACACUGGAGAGAAACCUCAUGAGUGUCAGGUGUGCCACAAGCGCUUCAGCAGCACCAGCAACCUGAAGACGCACCUGCGGCUGCACUCAGGAGAAAAGCCCUACCAGUGCAAGCUCUGCGGCACCAAAUUCACUCAGUACAUCCACCUGAAGCUUCACCGCCGCAUGCACGGGUCGGCGUGCGAACAGCCCCACCGCUGCUCGCUCUGCUGCCAGGCCUUCCUGCACCUCUUCAGCCUGGAGCUUCACCGCCGCUCCGGCUGCUGCCCGGCCGCCGCCGCCCGGCCGCAGAGCCCCGAGCUGCUCCGGACGGCCGAGCUGCUGGAGCACUUCGACUCCAGCACCGAGGCGCACGGCCUGGCCGAGAGCGCGCCGGACGCUGAGGUGGACGCGGCGCUGGAGAGGUGGCUGGCCAGGAGCCUGGUGGUCAGUCAGAAAGACGAGCGGUCAGACAGCCGGGUCUAUACCAACCUGUCCCCCAAGGGGCAGCAGCAGGAGAGGGCCAGCGUGGUGCAGUUCUGCACCCCACCACGACCUUCCGUGAAGGCGGAGGAAGAGUAGAGGGAGGGAGGUGCCAGCUUUGGGGGGCAUCUACUGUGGGCCAGGGGUUCCCAACUGUCUCAACUGUAGGACUUGGGUGGUACUUGUUCCAUGCCUUAAUGCAUCAGCAAUUUGGAAAACUUCUGAAAUUAGGGUAAAAUUAGAUGUGAUUUAGGAAAACUUCUGAAAUUUGGUUAAAAUUAGGUGUAACUAGGAAAACUUCUGAAAUUAGGAUUUUCAUCAGUACCAUGUUUGGAUGACCAGAGUUUAAUAAUUCUAAGUAAUUUAAUACAUAACAUAGUAUAAACUCACAAAAUAAAAUAGCUUAGACCUAAAAUAAUACCACAAUAUAAGUAGUAUAAAUAAUUUCUGUGUCUAUUAUGUAAACAACACUAACUUAACAAGACGUACCAAUAAUUAUAUUUUGUAUUUUGUGUAAGUAUUAGACAGUAGAACCCUUAAAAAAUCUACAAUAAAAAUCCAGGUGCAUUUAUAUAUUUAUAUUAACUGCAAACAUGAACAAUUACACAUAAACAACUUCUAUCUUCAAAGCAAUAGCAAAACAAGCACAACAUACACUCAAUUUAGUUUUUUUCAUGAAAAACAUGAUACAAAUAAUAUUAUAAUAUUGAUAAUGAUACAAUAUGGCAAUAAAAACCCAAUAAAACUCCUAUUCAUGACCAUUUUCAGGUUUCUAUAAGAAAAAAAAAACAAAACAAAAAAAAAAAACAGGUGCAUUGGGGCAUGGAAUAAACAAA